AGGAAUCAUCGAGUAUAUUUCUGUUUGAUAGAUUUACAACAAGAUAUAUACUUUUUUGAUUUGCAAUGCCGAAUGGCUAUAGAAAUCAACCGAUAUCUGGUUUCACCGGAUAUAUUCCUGGCGCAAAAUGGCAGGUUGGUAGCCGAUACGUUGCAGGAUCUCGUGAGAACAGCGGGUUCACUGGAAGAAAUUCAUCGGGAACUGGAGUUCCACAAAUUCAAACAGAAAACACUUUGAACCAGAACUCUUUCGGAGAGCACAGAUCAAUGGCAAUGGGCGGAGCCGAACAAAUGAAAAACUUUACGGAAAUGACGAAUGAUGAGUUGCAAGACCGGUUCAUGAGAAUGCAAAUGGAUAUGCAAAAUCUUCAAAUGGCAAUGAGAAUGCAGCAGCAACAACACUUGGGUGCCAAUGGAGGAGGAGGCGGUGGAAUGGGUGGUUCUGAACGGAAUUCAGCAAACUAUGGAAUGAGGGAAGAGCCGUCCGGAAGAAUGGAUAGAAGAACAAAAUAUGAAAAUGGACAGAGAGGUCAGCAAGAGCAACAGAAACAAAGAAGCAAAAGUAUGCCACGAAAAAUCGAAAGCAAUCCGUUUGACGGGAUCGAGAGUGGUUGGUGGAGUAAAGGAGAAGUGAAAAGAAAUCAGGAGCGACGGGAAAUUGCGAACGGCGGACAAAUGGUGAGCGGCGGAAAUUGGAACCAACGACCUCCGAGCCGACAAAGAGUUUCGAGAAAGCUUGGUGCUCUUGAGAAAGAUGAAACAGAAGACAUCCCAACAGCCGGAUACAGCGGUCAUAUACAAGGACUCCGUCAGCUCGGAGUAGGAAAACCAUUCAAUGUUGCAGCAAAGCAAGCCAAGAAAGAGUACAUUGAACGGAGAAGAACGUACAGUGGAAGUCGAGAAGCACUGAAUGGCCGUGCUCGAGGAACCCAGUUCAGCGAAGAAGUUCUCUCCGCCAACGCAGUCAAGCUGCCCGACAAUCGUUUCUGAUCUCUUAAGCUCCGUGUGUCAUCAAAGAUGAUUUUCUUUUUUUUUGGAGAUGUUGUCCGUACUUGUGCAUCUUCAUUCUCCAAUGUUAGUAUAAACGGAACCAAUACACCCACUCUCAGCGUUCUUCGUAUUCUUCUCCCAAUGAAACCAGAUCUUCAGAUUUUCAUUCUCCCAUUACUUUUUAUUAUUUACAUUUUUCAUCUCACCCCAGAUUUCUGAUCUCUCAUUUGCAUUCGUUUCUAACUUUUUUCCCAAGAACAAAAUUUGCCUAAUAAAUAUUUUCUGAAACUUU